UACACCCUCGAAAAUUGGAGUGCCAAACAGGAAACCCAUUCCACCUCCCUCUUCUAUUUCUGUAUAUAGAUUUUUUUUUGGUUAUCUUCUUCUGUAAAUCAAUGGCGUUGAGGUAAACCCUACCUCACCGUCUUUUCAAUGUAACCAAAAUCUCCUCCCCAAAUCUAAUACUAACACACUCAUCUGUCUCUUCUCCGUCGUUUGAAAACAUUGUCCCCACAAAUCCCGCCACCCCAACCUUCCGGUGUGGCUUCCUCACCUCAACGAAUUCCGGCGAGAAUGGCUUCUUCCGGAGAUUCCUUCAUAAGAGGCCGCUAGUUCAACCAGCAAUGUCGUUGGAGCUUCGUUCUCUGCCAAUCGGAGAUAAGUUAAUGGAGAAGGUGAGAGGAAUGGACAUAAACAAAGACCGUCUUCGAUUAGACGGUUUGAUUCCUCCAGUGAUGCAAACGGAUCCCAGGGAUGGGAUUUCGGUUGAAGACGCACAUAAAUUGCUUAGGUUAUCACAGUUGGAAAUGUUAAAGUCGAAAUUGAGACAGAUCCAAAAGAGUUCUAUUCCAUAUUCGGAAUUUGUUCAGAUCUGUAUGGAAGGUUGCUCCAAUUCCGAUCAAGCUUUGGAGUUUGUGAAGAUAUUGGAUCAAUUUGGGACCGUUAUUGUUCUAGGUGAGUGCGUCUUCCUCCGGCCAGAAGAGGGUCUGCUAUAGGAACUGAAGAGACUUCGAGAUGAUUCUAUAUAGCAAGAACUUGGCCAGACCUAUAGCUAAGUUGCUACCAUGAGAUUUAGAAGAAUCACGAUCAUCAGCAUCAACGGAAUCGUCAUCAAUAUAGUCGACCUUAACGACAAGCGAGUCGUUAAGGUCUUGCCAUCUACUAGAUUGUCGUAUUUUGUAGUUCGGGUAGUAAAUUGGCACUCGGCCUAAAGUACAGGGUACCUAUCGGGAAUUUUCCCAAAAAAAAUAAAAAAAAAAGAUUGGAUCGCAUGAAGUUGAUCCUUCUAUGUGGAGAAGAUGAUGGGUAAUGUUGCUUUUUAGAGGGUGCUUGAAGACUUCAAGCGAAUAUUGUAUCAGAAUAUCGAGUCAAGAAGACGAUGAAGGAAGGGGAAAUCCA